ACAAAGAGUGUCUGGCUUUUUUUUUUUUUUUUUUUUUUUUUUUUUUUUAACAGUGUACCAUAAAAUCUAAACUUCCAACCUUGCCUUCAAGGUAUCUGAAGGUAUUUAUUAGCUUAUAUUUUAUGAGGGUGAUGGUAUUUUUUUAUCACUGUCUGUGGGUGAGAGUCUGGCUGCUCCCACCGUGGGUGAUGCUGGCACAUCACCUCUGUUUGCUCUGCCCUAAGAGUGGCUGCUGUUUGCUUCUUCCAGGUGUGACUCCUGCCACUCCACCCCACCCCUCCCAGCCUGGGACCAUGGCUGACAUGAUUUUUGGCAGCGGGACAGGCCCCUGGGUUUGCCCCAACGACCGGCAGCUGGCCCUGCGAGCCAAGCUCCAGACAGGCUGGUCAGUGCACACAUUCCAGACUGAGAAGCAGAGGAAGAUGCAGGCUCUGAGCCCCAAGGAACUUGAGGUCAUCCUGGGAGUCAUCCACAAGGCAGAGCAGUUGGACCUGGUGGAGCAGCAGCGCAUCGGGCGCCUGGUGGAGAGGCUGGAGAACAUGAGGAGGAAUGCCAUGGGGAAUGGGCUCUCGCAGUGCCUGCUCUGUGGGGAGACCCUGGGGCUGCUGGGCAGCUCCUCUGUCUUCUGCCAGGACUGCAAAAAGAAAGUUUGCACCAAGUGUGGGAUAGAAACUGUUGGAGCCCAGAAACGUCCCCUGUGGUUGUGCAAGAUCUGCAGUGAGCAGAGAGAGGUCUGGAAGAGGUCUGGGGCGUGGUUCUACAAAGGGCUGCCCAAGUACAUCACUCCUCUGAAGAGCAGCAGCAGCAGCAGCAAACCCCUGGAGCUGCAGCCCCAGCCCUGGCAGGGCGAGGUGGAGCCACAGAGUGUGAGCAGCAGCCACUCCUUCACCUGGGCCAGGGGAAAAGUGGUUUCCAGUGACAGUGAGAGCGACUCGGAGCUCAGCUCCUCCAGCCUGGAUGACAAACCCAUCCCUGUGGGAUCUCAAGGCUCUCAAGGGAGAAAACUCCAAGCAGGAAUGGCACCCACCAGGGGACCCAGCCAGGCCAUCAGCAGAGCCCUGGGGACCCCCCAGUCCCCCCUGCUCUCUGGGAGCCACAGCAGCCUGGGCAGUGAGCAGGGGGCAGAGCUCAGCCCCACGGAGAGUGACCAGCCCUGGGACAGGCACCACAGUGACACCAGCGCCCCUGGCAAAGGACGAGUCCACAGCAGAACACGACUGUGAAGGAGGUGAAGAUGGAGGUGAAGAUGGAGGUGAAGAUGGAGGUGAAGAAGAUGGAGCUGCUUUUCCCUGGAUCCAGCACUCCCAUUCCUCACAUCCCACUCCACACAGGAACUGCUGCCAAGUGGUGGCUUUGUGAUGCCAGCCCUUCCACGGUGACACCUGGGACAGCCCCUGCCUGUGCCCUGUGAAGCCCAGCAGGGGCUGGGGCU